AUGUUAGACGGCAUUCCAUACUUCACAAUGAUGAUCAGCAUCAUGCAUGCAGGCUACACCACUUUUCUCAUCUCCUCGCGUAAUCCACCAGCUGCCAUCACCCACCUGAUCAGCCAGGUGGGAGUUAAACACCUCUUCAUCAAGCUGGAACCGUCCAUGGAGAAACUCGCUGAUGAGGCGAUGAACCUUCUCAAGAUGGAAUACCCUUUGUCAAUUGCACCAAACUCCUCAUCUCUGCCACUAUUCGAAGAGCUUUACUUGCCGUUGUCCAUGGCCAUUGUUGACGUUCCUAUCAGGUCAAGGGUGCAAAUGCUCCUGCAUUGA